AUGGUCAUGUACCAUGCGAAGGAAGUCCUCAUUUCCCGUCUCCGUCUACUGUGCCGUUACUCGUCGAGACUAACGUUUCUUUACCAAAUGCAGUGGUCGAGGAAAAUAAGGAAAACGAGAAUCCCACAGAACAUCAACAAGGUGGAAACACAAUUAUUAUGGCUUAGAAAUACCCCCAUCCUUCUUCAGAUGCAUCCCAAGAGGGCCCUCCAAUGGGAAAAGGAUGUUUCUCGGGAUGUUUCUCCAGAUGGAUAAUUCGGGUGACCUCUAAGACAGAUACUCUCUUCAAGUCCGAAGUAGAUGAUGUGAGUAGUAAGAGCAAUACUCUCUUCAAGUCCGAAGUAGAUGAUGUGAGUAGUAAGAGCAAUACUCUCUUCAAGUCCGAAGUAGAUGAUGUGAGUAGUAAGAGCAAUACUCUCUUCAAGUCCGAAGUAGAUGAUGUGAGUAGUAAGAGCAAUACUCUCUUCAAGUCCGAAGUAGAUGAUGUGAGUAGUAAGAGCAAUACUCUCUUCAAGUCCGAAGUAGAUGAUGUGAGUACUAAGAGCAAUACUUAUGCUCUCUUCAAUCCCGAAGUAGAUGUCUUCACCAAGAGCUACGGCACCUCCACAACAGCCGCCACUACUGGUAGUACUACAACCACGACUUCUAGUUCUAGUUUUUCCACAAGCACAACAUCAGCUUUUACCAGUACAACCAAGUCUCCAUUGUCUGGCACGAUUCUUGGUGGGUGGGCGCAAGUGGAGCAGGAGUCUAUCUUACCCUUCUUAAUCACAAUCCUGAAAGAGCAAGGAAUAGAAAGCGCAGAAGGCUUUCGGAUCAUGACGCAUUAUGUUGACAGAGUUUGUGUUUAGAAGUUCAUUCUCCUGUUUGAUUGUGUACAAACGAAACAUCGUCUUCCUUCUGCUCUACCUCAGAAACAGCCUUCAAGCAUUCUUCUAAUCUCGAGACGAGCAAAAGCGAGCUGUUGUGAAGGCUCAGGUUGCCAAGAAGAAGAAGGAUCAUUUUGCCAAGAGGAUGCUGACUACGGUGAAAAACCCAGGUCCGGAGGCCACGUCGACGAUGAUACAACACGCUCCAGAUGCUGCGCUAAACCCACGCUCCGAUACUACGCCGACAACGAUGCACGUUGGCGCAAGUCUCUUUUUUAAGGUUGUUGUUGUAAGUAGAAGCAGUAGCCUGCCACCCUGGAGGCACUAUCAAAGAUACUCCCUAUCUUCAGUGUCCACGACUGGCCACAGCUUCUAAUCUUUCGGCAGCCGCACGUCAACGUAGCAAGGAAGGUGCUGGAGAAACGCCACAUUCGAAUGUAGAGGGGCAAAGUCAAUCGAAGAACCAAACCGCUAGUCGUGUAGAACAAGCCAUUCAGAAUGUCCAAGCUGCGGCUUCGAGAACUUCGAGAACUGCCACAGACACAAUGAUUGCCCAUCUUCAUACGAGAAAAUCCACCUCUGCCAGUUCCUCUAACAGUACAACUGGGAUGAACAACGAUCCAGCAACAUUUGCACCGUUGCCUCGAGGAGCACCGACAGGUACUCAACAAGGUCAAGGUCGAGAAAGUACCGGAGGAGUUCUUGAGCCUACUUCUAUUAAGGGUAAGUAGGUCAAAGGCGUUCCUGUAGAAGCCGUUCGUUUUGCCUUUCUCAAAAGGGGGAAACUACUAGACCAUAAACUAUCCAUUUCGUUCCUCGCCUUUUUAAACGAACAGCAAAAUAAACUUUUCGCUAAUUCUAUCAAAAAGGAGAAGCCGCGCGCGAGGACUGUGGCUGAUCCUGAUAGCCCAGACCCCUUUGGAGGUGCACUGGACGACUACACUCUGUUCGAAAUCCGAGAACAAGAGGCAAAACGCCAGCAGAAGGAGCGUGAGGAGGCAGAACGCGUGGCCGAAGAAAAGAAGAAACAAGAAGCGGACGAAGCAGCAAGGCGUGAAGCGGCAAGAGUGAAACGCGAAUUCGAAGCUGAAAUGAAGAAGAAAAAGGAGCAGAAAGCGCUGGAGGCAAAAGCUUCGGCCGAGAAGAACGAGUGGACAGCGAAUCUGCUUAAGAAAGCAGCAUCUGGGAGUAGGAAUUGCGAAAAAAAUCUUGGGCCCCUAUUGCGUCGUCUCGCUGCGGAGGUUUCUGACCAAGAGAAGCUGUUGGAACAAUGUGACACCCAACAACGACAAAGUACUGAUAACGAUAAGAUUUUUGUCCGCGUUCUACAAGAUAAUUGUGCAGAACAAUUCGAGGAGCAGGGGCUUCAGGGUAGAAGCAUCUGCAGUAUUGUUGGGUCCGCAGAUGAGGUGGAAGAGGAAAAAUCCAGAUCAGACACAGUUACGGGUGAGAAAAUCUCCCUUACGCAAUAUCUGCAGCAAGAACGGACCAAGGCAGCCACGACCCUCGACGAGUGGCGCAAAGAGGUCGAGCGCCUCCGCGUAGACCUAGACGCGGCGUCUUUGUGUCUCUCUACGAAGAUUAAGACUUACCAGAAUGAAUCCAUCUUCUCAGGCUUCGUCUUGGAACUGUCCAAUAACUAAGGGGAGAACAGGUCCAAAAUGAUUUCCGAGAUGGAUUUGUGUUAGACUCUAACAAAAGUGGCGUGACUGAGGAUGGCCAGAAAAACCUCGACAAAACAGCUUCUACGGUAGAGCACGCUUUGAACCGCCUGAGUGAAAUCCGUACCCUAGCGGUAGAGAAGAUUGAGAAGGGCUUGAGAGGUGGAAGAAAAGCACUGAAACUAGCAAACGAGUUGUGCUUAACAAGAGCUCUGUCGAUGGAGUAUGGGGGAGCGGAUGUAGACGAAAAAGAAGAAGUAUAUAAGUCUGCCUCAGCUGCAACGUCUGGUGCUGCUUUCAAAGUUCGAGUGACUCGACCACUUCAUGAGCGUCGUCGAAUGAGGAGGAAGAAGAAAGCCACACUGCUUUCAAUAAAAACCUCAACUAAAAUUCAGACUAGCAAAGGUUCUCUUUUGGAGACGAAGAAGACUGCAAACGUUCCAAAAGAGGCUGCUGGAGGAGGCAAUCCCAAGAGCCGCACUUGUACGAUUAGAAGUAACUACUCGGAUUCAAAACGCUUACGAUGGUCCAGAACGGCGGUCGCUUGCAGAAAUCAACCAAAGAAGAACAACAAUACGCCAACUACUACUUCCACUUCUACCACUUGUUCAACACUCUCUAGAAGUAGGAAAUGUACCACCACGACAGGCACUUCUAAGAAGAUUUUCGCUUCACAUAAGGAACUCCAUGAUAAACGUCGCGAUAUGUUUGCGCGGGAAGAGGCAGCUCAUCGAGCCAGGAUGGUCGAAGAACGCAUGGCCAACCGCCGACCCCCACGAAAGUUAAGGGUCGUACCGUCCACCCAUCUCUCGCAGGAUCUUCUUUUCUAGUUGAUACUAGUUUCUACUUGAAUGAUGAGAAGUGCUGAAAGAUGUUGAACAUCUGAUGUUCUACAAGAUGGGUAGUCCGUACUCGUCCUAAGAAAGGAUGGUCUGGACCAAGCGAUCGCGAAAAGCCUAAAGCGCAGAAUCACAGGUGGGCUGGAGAAAGACUGGACAUUUGAUCCUGAGAAGCUAUGGGAAUUCCCGAAAAAAGCAGCCAAGGAAGCCAAAAGGAAAGGUAUCCAACUUGGGGCAAGAGAUAUAUCUAGAGCAGGGAAGCUGCAUGCGCUUGCAAGGUUGCGUCGCUCGUAUUUGAUAGGUGCGAAAAAAUUGAAGUUGACAAAGAACCGACUCGCGGCGACAACUAGUACGCUAGUAGCAGGAAGAGGACGCACAGGAACGACACCAACACAGAGAACGGGUGCUAGUUCAUCCUCUCGCACUAUCAGUGGUUAAGGCUCCUGGUUCUUCACUAUCCCAUGUGGACAAAAGUACAAGUAAAGUGCUGCCCUUUGAUUCAGAGGUAAAAGCAGAGCGAAAAGUAAGUGCAACUCAGUCGACCACGGAUAGUAAAAAACUAGUGCUAAAGUGAUGCAGGAGGUGCUAAGAAAUCUUCCUUGAUGAGCCAAGUAAGAAAGAAUGGAGCAAAGAGUGGCGCAAUAACGUCUCCCCGCUCCUCGUCAUUGAGAGGGAGUGGCCCACUGCUUUCUGAGUCGCGUUUUGGAGCCUCAACAAAGUUUGGCAGUAUCUGCCCUUUGGAUCAUACCUUUGAUAUCCACGAUGAGAAAUUGCCACAUCUAGGUGGAAGCUCGUCUUCUUCCAGUUUGACAAGUCGCUCCCCCACCUCUAGAGCAGGAACUUUAGGGCUGUCCACCUUCCCUUCUUCGGCUUCUAUGAGCGGUCCUCUUCUUGGCAGGUUUUCAUCUUCCAGAGCUCUGGAUAUACUCCCGCCACCACCGCGGUCCUCCUGGAAACCCAGUCUGACCCUACUUUCUAUUCCGGAAGACGACGUUUUGGACGUGAAUAUGGAGGAAGAUGAGAACGAAGACGAGGACGAAGAAAUGAAGUUUUUAUGGUUUGCACUGAUCUUGUUCUUGGUGCGAGAUUCGUCGCAUUGCAUUGUAUCCAUGCUUUUCAUCAGUCGUUUCUUGGUACCCUGAUUUUCUUGAUGUCCUGUACUAUCAUUUGAAAUGAAGUAAAUUCCGAGGGUUAUAUGGUGAUCGAGAUGUUGUUGACGGGCCCACGAUGACAUGAAGAAGUAGAGCUGACUGCUCAUCUAAUAAAAGACGGAGGAAUCAGUGAUACUGCUUCUGAGAAGAGUCCGAAAAAAUUAUGGCAGCUUGAGGAAAUCCGCCUUUUUUCCCAGCUUUUGUUCCUUUCCCUGUUUGUGAAAGGAACAAAAAAGGCACGAAGAUGCUCAACAGAUUGAUGGAAUGAGCGAGGUAAGAUCUUGUCUCUUCAACAACUGGGUCUUGGGGUCUACUCCUUCUGAAUAUGCAUUCUGUAAGGUCUAAAAGAAGGAGGCGACGACACGUUACUUGGUGCUCUGGGAGGUAGAUUGGAUGCGAUUGCGGAAGAGGACGAAGACGAAGAAGACUCCGACGGCGAUGCCAAGAGUGCAAAGCAGGAUAACACUGGCAACAUCAUGGAUCUUAAUAGAGUUAAGGCUACCUCCGCUGAACAAGCAUGAUCCUCUUCCUCAACAUCAAAUGCAUGCUUGGCUCUUUGUCUUUUUCUACUUGAAAGAAAGUAGAGGCCUCAAGGUCAAGGAUGCUUCUAACAAGGAAGAUGUUCCUAAGGAUGCCAAUUCGGUAGUUCUAGUCUAAUAGAGGAAACAGUCGCGCUACCACUGGUCUUGCCGUUAUCGCCGAGGAAGAUGAAGAAGACGACGAGGAAGAUGAAGAAGACGUAGUUGACAAAAGGGAUGCCGACUUGCGACCGACCUGGAGGAUUGCUGAGGCAAUCGCAGCAGAGAAAGACUAAGACUAGUUUUUCACUAUCCCGUGUGAACUAUGCUGAGACUGAGAGGAGUCCCUCGCCCUUGGUUCAAAGGGGAAAGUGAAAAGGGGACGCAGGGCAUUUCACUCAACGAGGUAUAGUGAAAAACUAGCGCUAAAAAGAGGACCAAAAGCGAGGAGCAAGAGCAGCAUUUCCAUGUACACGACCUGCUUUGGUUGAAGAGGAUGAGGAGGAUGCCUCUGAUUAUGGCUACUUCUUGCCCUAAUCAUGAUUCAUCUUGUUGGUGUUCUGAAGCAUCUAUCUUGCAACUGUCCCAUAAAAACUCACCAGGGGCUAUUUCCAACUACUUCAGUACAAGAUGUUGACUCCCGGGAUGGAUUUCGGGCUUAGCAUUCUAAUACCAAUCUGAAGUAGACAGUGAUGAGGAGAACUCUUCGUCUCCUGCUAGUGCUGUUGAAGAGCGUCUUGCCUCACCAGAGCUACAGCCGACCAAAAAGCCAUCGUUGAAGCGCACAAGAGAAGAAAAGGAAGAGGAUCAUGAUCAUAUGGCUGUUGAAGGAGAAGAGGAUCAAGAAGAGCAACGAGUUCCUGCUGGUACCGUGACGGAAGCAAGUGCUGGCGUUGCUUUACUAGAAAAUGGUGUUACCAAGUGCAAGAUGGAGUCUGAAGACGGAGAUGAUGACGCGGACAUCCUUGAGGAUCAAAACAGUGACCACUCUGACGCUCAAGAACAACCUGCUGAGGUUUUGUUAUACGAAAUUCCGGCCGAUUUUGUGACUCUCUCGUCAACAGGAGGCCCUGCUUCCAAUGCAGGAAGUAGGAUGCGAGAAUCUUCAUAUUCUUAAGGCUCGCGUUAUUUCAACUUGGGAAGCAUCGAUCUUGGAGGGGUUUUGUAAUUUAAAUAAAUGGAAAAUGUAAAUGACUACCAAGAUCAAUUUCAUGUUACUUACAUGCCAAGAUCGUGACUAUCUUCUUAGAUGCUUUUCAGGUUGAAAGAUUUGGAGUAAUGUAAAUGUCUAAUGUAGCUUCGCAUCUCGCGUAGACAAGAUGAUGGCUAAGACGCUUUUGGCGAUCUCUUCGCACCUAGAAGACCCUGUAAGAGUGCCACCGGUUGCUGUUCAGAACAAAGGCGUUAGUCUCUAUUGUGGUGGUUCGGCACGAGAGGGAUCGAUUUUAAGUCGAUUUGGGGCUUCAGGGGUGGAAACGAGUAUUUCGGCAAGAGACAGGCUGGCGGAGUACAAAAAGGCACUCUUUUUUAAGUGUCGGAACAUCAACUACCCAUCUUUUGGAACAUUUUUUGGAACAUUUUAUACUUACUACCUGGGGUUACAACUUUCAAUAUAUUAUACAUCUUUCUGGUGCUUGACAGCUGCAUCCAAAAGAAAAUGUCCGAAAAGAUGGGUCGUUCUUGGUACCUGCUCUAACUUUUCUUCUGCUGGCUCUAGUGGAACUCUUAGUGGAACCCUUAGUGGAACCCUUACUAGUGGAGCAAGUACUGCUCUUGUUUCUUCUAGUUUGAGUGGCAGAGGUAAAAGUUUUUUGAUAGAAAGACUGGAGGUAGGAGACCGAGACUACAACGUGGAGGAGGAGGACGAAACUGACGAUGGAGGACUACAUAUUAGGGACGAUAAGGAAAAAGACGUUGAGAUGGAACCAAGAGAGCCAACAGAACCGAAACCAAACAACCCGAUUUCUUACGGCUGAUUGAAAUGCUUCAUUUCCAGCGUUUCCUCAUCUGAAGAAACGAACUGGAGAAGAGAAUUUUUUUUUUGGGCUCUUCUAAUUCUUCGGGAGCACCCUGUUGCAGCUUCAGACACUGAAGCAGGGCGUCAAUCGUGUUUCCGCCGAGGAUCUCACUCUGGCCGCUCUGCAGUAUGUUGAGAAGAAAAGCGAUGCUAGAAGUGGUAGACUUCAUGGAAUGGAAAGGUUGCCGAAUCUGCAAAACGCAGACGAAGAAACGAUGCUACUGUCACGGUUGCGCUCUUGGAGAAUUGCGUUUUGCUUGGAUCACAGUCACAAUUCAUCUGGCACCACAAGUUUUGCGUCUACUAUCAAAAGCGGUUGCGGCACAGAGGUUGUACAAGAACAUAACAACUUCGAAGAUGAACAGAUGGAGGCAGUGGACGCCAACACAAGCGCCACCACUGCAGUUGUAACAUUACCGAACAUGAAAUUGCUCGAUGUGCACGCCGUAGAAAUUUCGCAGGAACUCGCUAUCAUCGAAUUACCGACAAAAAGAAAAAUAUCUUCAAUUUCCAAGAAAGAAGAUAAAAAUUUGGCAAAUCAAACUACAGAAAAUGAAACACAAGCGCAACAAGACGAAAUGGAAACACUCGUAGCAGCGGAGGUUCCUGGUGUUUUUGCUAUGCCGUUAAGAACGUUAUCGAUAUCGACGUCUUCUACGGUAGUAACGUCUCAUACGACUACGGUUGCAUCCUCCUCGACCACGACUAGUACUGGACAUCAAGGAGCACAGGUAAAGUCAAAUGAAGGCGGAGGAAAUUUAUGAUAUCCGGCUAUACAUCUUCAGAAGCAUCUUGGCCCUCCGUGUCAGGGGAAAACGGGUCCAAGAUGACGCUCAAGAUGGAUUCCCGGAAGGUCUAAGAAAUAAGACGUCAGUCGACUACCUGGAUUUUCUUGCGCAGCAAACUCCAGGACCUUACACCGCUUUCAUCCGAACCACUUUGGACUCCACGACCACACGCCAGCUCCCACCGAUGUUGAGGUACGACGUAGACAGUGCAUGGGAACGAUCGCAAGUACUAGGUGGAGCAACAUCACAAGGACUUGGUGGAGCAACGGACUCAUCAACCACUUGUGGUGGAGCCUUGUCGAGUCCAGUCGCUUUGAACAAGAACCUUCAAGUUGGAAAUAGUACUACGACAAAUACUUCUGCGUCUGCGAUGAAGACGAGUCAACUUCUUGCGGAUACUAGUACCACGACAAGUACCACCUACACAACUCCUGUGACACGAAACGCUGUUGACCAAGACCGGUCUCGUCUAGAAAAGAGCCUUCACAGUAUACUAAACGGCGAAGCAGGAGACCUAGCAGAUGGCGACGGUUUGAACCAUGACAGAGAAGAUGCUACCAUUGCCACUACUAAUCCUACUACUUCUGCUGCUAGUGUUGCUCGUGGCACCACAGACGCCAUGUUGAGGAUGCUUCCCUCCAGCGGACUUCAAGAGUCUUCGAGCCACAUCAGAAGAACGGUCUUCCGCAAAUUUCUCGUACCCAAAUGGAUCCGAAGGGUAGGGCGUGACGCGAAGCCUCUAGUUCUUAGGCCGCCAGAGAAGAUGCGGCGGAUUGGCAAUUCGACAACGUUUGUGUUGUAUGAAGCGGAGGCAGAAGAUGCCAGCGAUGAAGAUGCCAACGAUGAAGAUGUUGCCAACAGAAAGGUCAUCGUCUUCAAGGGUUCCAGGAAAUCGGUCCAGAGCGAGAUGAAGUUGACAUUUACUUCUUUCUUCAACGAUAUGCGCCGCUACACGUAUAAAGUGCUCAAGCCACUGCUCUUGGACGAAGGAGAAAAUGUGAAAGGAUAUUCGUUGCUUCUUCGAUCUUUCUUGAAAAUGAGCACGACUGCAACUACUGUUGACAUUGGUGGUGAUAAGAACUACAAUGACAAGAACGUUCUCGUUGUAGAUAAAUUCCAGAGCAGCAGCACGUUGAACACGGGCAGAGACCAGAACAAAGACCAUAAGAUUCUUGUUCCGCGUUCUCUCUUCAAGGACCUCGCGCACUUGUUCAUGGAUAUCAAGGCCAAAUUGCCUUUAUUCAAGGAGAAAGAAACAAACAAAGACGACGAUAACUUCAUCAAGAACCACGACGACUACGAAGUUACAAAUACCACGACAAAGAACUACGAGAAUAACAUUAACAAGAACCUCCACGACCACAGUGUGAAAAUUUACAGUCCCUCUGCCCUUCCCAUUGCACUUCCCUCAAGAGCAUCAUCAAAAGCAGGAGGUGGCGCUUUCUCGAGUAGGGAUUCGUCGAAAGACUCGGCAACGUCUUCUUCCAGUAGUUACUGCUACUCCUCGAACGCCAACAGCGCCAAAAUCGCGAAAACAGUCACCACUGGAAUGCUCAAGGUACACUUGUAUCUGUUAAGUGGGUUGAUUAUCGCGUGUACACCAGAAGAGGCAGAUGGAGGACAACAGCAAGAUGAAGGACCACAACAAGAGCAACAGAACGAGGAUAAGAAACUUCCGAAAGAGAAACAACAACAGGAUACCACGACAAGUGCUGCAAUGACGAUUAACGAUACUAGUGCAACCAUUUGUUCUGGUGCAACCACUCCCACUACGACUACCACUGCCACUGCUGCUGCAUCAAGUUCAACCACAAGCAGCUCUUCAUCCGUAUUACCUUACUCGCUGACCGACUUCGCCACGACGCCGCACCUCUUUGCAUGUGCCCUACGAGCGUUGACCAUUGCCGACAAGGCGUCUAGUACUGCCAAUCAGAUGGCCACUGGUGGAGCCAUGUUGUUGGAAAGCGAUACCAUUCCUAGAAGCGUCAUGCACAAGAUCUCACGUCAGUUCUGGGAUAACAUGAUUACAAGCAGAAAGGCUUCUGCGUCGAAACCAGUAGUGGCGGUCGGAGGCGGACAGAAACUUAUGGAUUUUAGAGGAUUUCGAUGAAUUUUUGUGGUAAGGACUACUUCUUGCUGACGUACCUCAACAUAGUAGUAAAGAUAGAUGUAAAUUGUCUUCAGAAGUAAGUAGAAUGUGCUAAACUACUUAUCAUGUUAUACUUGUUCCGCUUCCGUUUGAGAGUUGCAUCAUGUCAUGAUCAAUCUCCUACAUGAUCAAGCUCCUUCUCCCUCUAACAUCGAAAAAGAGACUGGACUUACUGAGGACGAACUGCGAGUGGCAGAAGAGUAUGGUGAGGGGAUGUACGCGCUCCCUGACGCACUUGGAGGAUCAGUGCGCGCCUUUGUGGCUAGGGUGCAAGUGGUUGAUGCGGAAUAAGAGUGAAUGGGGGAUGAAUAGAGUGAUUGAUAGAAGUAAUUGCUGCUGCAGCAUUUGUUUAGCUCCUGACGACCAAUAUUUAGACUUUGGAUAAUAUUAUUAUAUUUUUUGAAUAGAUCAUCGUCUCGUUUUUGACACUUGGUUCAUCAGUGCUGAGGAUACCCACUCGUGGGGGAUUACGUGAAGAUGACGAUGAUUUUUUUUUUGAAUUUCGAGUAAGAAGAGGUGUUACUUCAGCAGUAGGUACAUGAAUAUGCGUAAUACAGAAGUCGUGCCGCAUGAGAAAGGAUAGCAAUCCACCUGAAUGAAGAAAACUGUAUUAUAGAGUCAAAUUUGGAAUGUCAUCAGGUAUCGAGAUGAUGUUCAACCCACUUCAAACGAUAUCUUCCUGUAUCAACCACCCAACCCCGAAAAUCAAAUAUGAUUUUUUUACUUCCCUACUUCAUUUCUAGACAGCACAGACUAGCUAAAGUAGAAAAUCAAGACCCCUCCCUUCGAAAUAGACCGAGUCAUCCCCGACGAAGACUUAUACAUAGAAAUCAAUACACCCUAACCCUACUAACAACAGUCUCAACAAAACCCCCGGAUCAAAUCUCGUUAGGCACUUUGCUAGACUCAAAUCAUCGAAGCCCCACGAUGAACACACCUCCAAUCUGCAACUUCUUGCCGCAUCAACUCAGGCAAGAAGAGAACUUCUAUGAUGCAGUACUGCGUCGCCACUGUGUUGAGGCGCGAUA